AUGCCUAAGCCAGAUCCUUGCAAAAAAUUUGCUUGUGCUAUUCAAAAAUGUUUGUCGGGUAAGUAUAUAUGUGUAGAAACUAAAAUUGUGUUAUUGUAUACUUUUUCUGUUAGAAUAUCGAUAUGACCAUUUUAGUAAAAUAUUUUUAUUUAAAUUAGAUAUUAUUGUCUACAAUAAUUUUAAGAGUUUAUUACGUUAGAUAGUAUUGAAUAGUUUUUAAAUUAGGUACUCAUGUUUUAUUAUAUUUGAAAACACUCUGAUAAUACAUUCACACCAAUGUGUUUGUAACAUAUCAUAAUUUUCAAAAACCAGAGUUCUAUGUUUUCAUGCCUGGGCCAAAUUAUUCUAAGUUUCAAAAAUAUGUUCACAACUUGGCAAUAAAUUAUGCAAUUAAUUACUUCAAUUUUUAGCAUACUAGACUAGUUACAGUUGAUGCUAUAAAAUAUUUCCAAAUAAUUAUUAUAUAAUUGAUAUUUAUAAGUAAAAAAAAGAAUAUUGAAUAUUAUGUACCUAAUAAAUUAUGAUUUUUAUUUUAGAAAAUCAUUUUCAAGAGUCUCGUUGCAUUAAAAAAAUAGAAAAUUUACAAGAGUGUUGUAACAAAUAUCGUGAAAUUUCACUCGUAUGUUCUGGUAUGAAACCUUCACCAAUAACCGAGAAAAACCAAGAUAUUCAGGUAAACAAGAUUGAAAAUAUAUUUUCAAACACUAUGUAUUACACUUGUUGUUUAUAUAUUUUUAGUUGGGUUAUAUUUCUAUUGAAUCUUUCAAGGUCAAAUCACCAGAUUUUGGCUAUUCAUGA